AUGGAGAAAGCAGAAGGAAGAAACCAAACGUCCAUCGUGGAAUUCAUCCUCCUAGGAUUUGGGAAUGGCCCUGAACUGCAGCCCCUCCUCUUCCUGCUGUUUCUAGUCAUCUACAUUGUGACGGUGGCUGGCAACAUGCUAUUUGUUGCACUAGUGGUGGCUGAUCAGCAUCUUCACACCCCCAUGUACUUCUUCCUGGGGAACUUGUCCUGCUUGGAGAUCUGCUACACUUCAGCCACCCUGCCCCGGCUGCUGGCCAGUCUCCUGACUGGUGACAGAACCAUCUCUGUCCAGGGCUGCCUGGUGCAAUUGUAUUUCUUUGGUGUCAUGACAAAUACAGAAAAUCUCCUGCUCACGGCCAUGUCUUACGAUCGGUACCUAGCGAUCUGCCACCCCCUGCGUUACACUGUUCUGAUGACUGGCCGGGUUUGUUGCCUGCUAGUGGCAGGGGGCUGGAUAAGUAGCCUACUGAGCAGCACCAUAGUACAGAUUUACUUGUGGCAAUUCACGUUUUGUGAUUCCAAAGAAAUCGACCAUUUCUUCUGUGAUUUUUCACCCAUUUUAAAUUUGUCCUGUAGCGACACCCAGACUCUAGAAUUGGUGACAUUUGUUCUUGCUGUCAUAGGCACGUUUCUUCCCUUUCUCCUGACUCUGACAUCCUAUAUUUGUAUAAUCAUCAAUGUCCUGAGAAACCCUUCCAACACUGGGAGGAAAAAGGCCUUUUCCACCUGCUCCUCUCACCUCAUUGUGCUUGCAAUUUUGUACGUGACUGUGUUAACUGUCUAUGUGGUUCCAAUACCCGACAGUCACAAGGUCCUACAGAAGAUAUUCUCUGUCUUCUACACAGUCCUGACUCCCAUUAUCAACCCUCUUGUCUACAGCCUGAGAAACAAGGAGGUCAAAGAGUCCCUGAGCAAAGCUAUUCUGAAACUAGCAGCUUACAGGAACAGACACAGAAUGUUAGGUGCCAACUACUUCCCUGACCAACCAUCCCCACCCUGCAGCUGUUCACUGAAGCAGUGCCAUGUGGGUGCCUACACAGAGGCUAUGGAGAAAGUGGAAAGAAGAAAUCAAACGCACAUCAUGGAAUUAAUCCUUGUCGGGUUUGUGGAUGUCCCUGAACUGCAGCCCCUCCUCUUCCUGGGGUUUCUAGUGAUCUACCUUGUGGCUGUGGCUGGGAACCUCCUCAUCACUGUGCUAGUGGUGGCUGAUCCGCAUCUUCACACCCCCAUGUACUACUUCGUGGCCAAUUUGUCCGCUGUGGAGAUCUGCUACGUCUCCUCCCCCCUCCCCAGGCUGAUUGGCAGUCUGGUGACUGGGGACAGAACCAUUUCUCUGCAGAACUGCAUUGUGCAAUUCGAUUUCUAUGUUAUCCUGUCCAAUACUGAGUCUCUGCUGCUCACGGCAAUGUGCUAUGAUCGUGUGGUCACAGUUUACUAUGUAAGUGUAAUUACAAUCUAUGCGGUUCCAAUGCUCAACCCUCCUGCGAUCCUACACAAAGUAAUUUCUGUCUUGUAUGCCGUCUUGGUACCCUUGAUCAACCCUGUCAUCUACUCGCUGAGAAACAAGGAGGUGAAUGAGUCCUUGAAAAAACUACUCUGA